AUGGAUCCGAACGAGGUUUACGAGGAGAUCAUGGCGAGCUAUACGCAGCUGGAGAAGUUUCCUGAAGAUAUGCAUCUCUUCUGCCCCAAGCUCAGCGAAGACGACGAGGUCGACUACGAAGAUCCCAACGAAGAAGCCUGGGACGGAGAAGUACAGAUCACUGCCGAAAAGAAGAAGGAACGGAUAGAGGACUCGGAAAAACGUCUUCACAUCGCAACAACGGCUUCACUUCUACUCGGUAUCAGCAAAGAUGCAGCGUCUGCGUGGUUGGACGGUUGGAUAGAGCGAGCUGAGAAGAACCUGACAACAUGUCCAAAUUGCAUCCGCGCCUGGCACAAGAAGAGGAAAUCAUUCCUCAAGCUACUCGGCGAUAAAUUCGGCGAUGAAGUUGCGAGGAUUAUGGCCCAGAAACUCGACGAAUUCGACAAGAACCGGAUAGACCGCGGACUUCUCAAGGCAGAAUCACUACUAAAAGAGCAUGGGCCGAUGAAGAGCAGUACGUUGACGAAAAAAGAGCCCACCGCAGUCGUUGCACUGUACGAGGCUCUCUGCUGCAUGUCUUACCUGUCACGGCCCGAGAAUCGCACGCACUUCAACUUUGUCUUUAGCGAGAUCCAGAAAAUCAAGAGGCCACUCCGGCUCGGCUCUGGAGUCAUUCCCACAAUGACGUUUUUCCUCUUCCAGGAGGAUGAGGAUGGCUAUCGCAGCGGCUUUGCCAAGGCUGCCUGGGAGACCAUGCCUCCUGGAUCUUUGACGGCUAAUCAGUUUGAAUGGGCCGUCCAUGACUACUUGGCCAGCGAAAUAUCGGCCGUUUUUAACCCAAGCGUUCCAGAGGCACGGAUCAAGCGGUUCUGGGACGGCAUUGCCAUCAUAAUCCCCUCAAUGAGUUCCGACUUCGUUCUCCAUACGCUGCGCGGUAUGGAAGUCCAACCAGACAUUUACCACAUAGCCUUUCACCACCUUAGCUAUGUCCAUAGCCCCGAGGUUUUUGCAACACUCAUCAAGGGCAUCAUCUCUUUGAUUCAAAAGUCUCCAAAAGCAUUCUGGGACGCUUUGGCAGAUGUUUCCCCCGCCAUUUUCACACAACAUACUCUAGGGUCGAAAGCAUUUCCCGCAAUGAUGGCAAGGUCAUUGGAGGCCAACAUGCUUGUCCGUGUGGGCGACAAAGAUAUCUUCCUGCUUUCUGCCCUGGUCAAGACUCUUAUGGAGUCUUUACAGCCUACUGGACGGACUGAUCUAUGCGACUCUACCCUACACUCACUCAUGGAUCGCUUCCAAUCCGAACCUUCCCGGGAGGGCAAGUCAGCUUGCGCGCACGCGGCGCUUACGUCUAUGAUUUGCACCCUUGAAUGUCUCACGGAUCCUAAGCUGUCGUUUUCCACAGCAUUGGUUUAUAUUGACAUCACAUACAACAUUGUUCUUCGUCACAAAGACUUUGUAAUUAAUUGCGCAAGUCUCAAGAACGGCGACCAGUACAAUGUGGGACUCUCCGAAGCAGCACUAAAAGUCAUCGAUUUGGCACUCACACUUGACUCCGAGACGUUUGAGAGGGAGUCAAUUGCCAUCAAGGAAGCGAAGAAGCUUUCUUACGCUGUUGAGCGGCGUUCUUCCAAGCUUUGGGAUGCCUUUAUUGAUCAUCUAGAGCCCUCGAAGACAACUUCACUCGCAAAUGUCAUUUUGGGAGCAACGUUGCCCCUGAGGGGUGUCGAAAAGUUCUUACCCCGGAAGAGGGAAGCGGUCGUCACAGAUCCCCAGAAACUGAACUUCAACCAAAAAUUCGAGGCAACGGCCGAGUCCAUAGGUCGCCUCAUUGGAAGAGUCAGUGAGUUCUCUCCGCAAGAACUGCGGAUGCUUUCUGAGGACCACCGAGCCUUGGGGGCCAUCGUUGCGUGUUUGGCACAUGGUGAGGAAAACAUAAGUGAUGCUGCCAUGAACUUCAUCAAGAUGUACACUGGAGAGGACAGCCGCUCUGAUGCCUUGGAAAGGAUGUUGAACUCGCACCCAGAGCUCUUUUUGAGGUCGUUUUCUGAUGCAGUCGGCAAGAAGAUACCCCAUCCUGCAAAUGCAGAGAUGUUCCCACCGGUUGCCAAGGUCUUGGGUUGGUAUCGCGAUAUCCUGGAAGCCGUCACGGAUUCAGCGAGCGGAUUGCUGCGUAGGGAUCUCUCACAAGCAGUCGCUGAGGCGGUGAAGUAUUGGUGGAAGCGGCAGUGGGUAUUCCUGGGCUACUUCUUCAACCAAACGAGACACUGGUCAGAGCAGUACGUGCCCAAAGAAACCAUGGAAACGCUCUGUCGUGAGGCUGUCGAACACGCAGAUAGGCUCCUUGCCGAGGAUGGCUUGGUGGCCAAUGCCAUCAAGUGUCUUGUGAAGUCGGACGGCCAAAACGGAGACGCGAGAACUGCAGCUAUGAAAGUUGUCCUUGACCAGCCUCGUGUAAUCACCCCUGCCUACUUUGCCAUGUUGCAACUCCGAGACCAAUGGCUCCUUGGUGUCUUUGCGCGAUCCGUAGGCAAGCUCGUCACCCGCCUCAACGAGUUCGAUAUGGCCCUGCCGCCUCGGCCAUUACAGAUGUUGAAAGACAUUUGCAUCAAAACUCACGAUGGCAGGUUCAAAGUCAACUCCAACCUGCGGCCUGCGCAGAAGGCUGAACUGCUCAGGGCAUUGGGAACCGACUCGAGUGAUGACGAAGAAGUCCAAUUCGUCAACGAGGCACAGAAGCCGGCCAAGGCUGGCAUGCCUAAGAAGCAAAGCAGCCUCGCUGCUUGGUCAAAAUCUGGAUUCUCUGGAGAGACCGGAACACCCACAGCUCCGGCACGCCCGGCCUCCAAAGCAACCGGAACGUCUGACGACCAACAGCUCUCGAUUAUGCAGUCUAUAAAAGCUCAAGUACAAUCAGAGCGCAAGCCCAAGCCCCAGAUGCUUUCUGCUGCUGCCAUCAAGUCCAAUCAGUCCAGCUUGAAAGAAGCUCGCGCAAAGGAGCAAGCAGAAAGAGCCAAGGCGAAUGCAGCGUCUGUUGCCAGGGCGAAGGCCAUACGUGAGGCUUUCAGCUCGGGCAACAAAAUAGUCGCGGGAGAAGGUUCAGGUCUUCAGGGGAUAUCAGGAGUCCUUGGAAAGGAUCAUGCCCCCACGAAGAGCGAGAUUAUGGUUGACAGCUCGGAGGAAGAAGGUGGCGAUUCCGAUGAUGAAAUGUCGGAUCUCUUCGGUGCUGGCCAGGCGGGUAAGGACGCUGCUGCCCACCGCCUGAAACAGCUUGCGGCUAAGCAGAUGGUUCCUGUCAAAAAGACGAAGAUUCAACGGUCCAAAAAGGAUUUACGUGCAAGAGUCACACCACCAAUGGAGAGAUUGCACGAGGCCAUUUUGGAGUGGGACAUUUUCCACGAAGGCAACGACCCUCCGAACGGGUACAAAUGCAAAGAAGUCGCCAAAUCUUACACCAACCCUGUGGACUACAGGGACACCUUCUUUCCUUUGCUUGUUAAUGAGGCCUGGCGUUCUUUUGUAACUUCAAAGGACGAGUCAACUGCAAAACCUUUUGACAUCAAGAUCACUACCAGGACCUCCGUUGACAAGUUUCUCGAGGUGGCAACAUCGAUGCCUAUAUCAGCCAACAAAGACAAGGACAGGGAUCGACUUUCCGAUGGUGAUAUUGUUCUCUUCUCUACUGCUCAAGACCCUCUAAGCAGCAAGGAGAGCCCUCACUGCCUUGCCCGUGUAUUCAAAACUGGAAUGAAAAGGGGAGUGCUUGAAGUCACAUACCGGAUCACCAGCAAAGGCAAUAGUCGAUUUGCAAGUGACCACCUCCUCCCAGGCAAUGAUCUACGUGGUUUGAGGAUUACGAACAUGACGACAGUUGAGCGAGAGUUUGCUGCCCUGGAGAGUUUACAGUAUUACGACCUGAUGACUGAAGUCCUCGACGCCGAACCUUCACCCAUCCUGAAUUUUUCCAACGAUCGGAUACAGUCUUUCCAGGACAACUAUCAGCUCAACCGUGGCCAGGCCGCCGCAAUUAUCAACGCAAAGGAAAACGACGGUUUUACUCUCGUCCAAGGACCUCCGGGUACUGGCAAAACGAAAACCAUCAUUGCCAUGGUUGGUGCUUUACUCACGGGCAAGAUCAACAGAGCGCCUCCUACGCGCAUCAAGCCGGCCAAUGGCGCCGAAGAACCCAUGGCACAAAAGCUACUUGUAUGUGCACCCAGCAACGCUGCGGUCGACGAACUGGUGCUGCGUUUGAAAGCAGGUAUCAAAGACACAAAUGGAAACACCCACAAAAUCAAUGUCCUUCGUCUGGGUCGCAGCGAUGCUAUCAAUGCGGCAGUCCGGGACGUAACAUUGGACGAGCUGGUUAAAGAGAAGAUGGAUGCAGCUCUGAAUGUGAAUGGGAAAGACGGUGGCGGACCUACAGACCGUGAGAAGUUACACCAAGAAGCUGGCGAAAUCAAGGUCAGGGUUGCGGCAUUGAGGGAGGCUCUUGAACAAGCUCGCGCAGCUGGCGAUCAUGGCCAAACCAACAGCCUGCAACGCAACUUGGACGAGCUGAGGAAAAAACAAGGUCAGAUCGGAGCACAAAUCGACCGUGACAAGGCAAGCGGCAACACAUAUGCUCGUGAGGCUGAGAUCAAGAGAAGGAACAUUCAACAGAGUAUCCUCUCCGAGGCCCAUGUACUGUGUGCCACGCUGAGUGGUGCCGGUCACGACAUGUUCAAAAGCUUGCACGUCGAGUUUGAGACGGUCAUUAUUGACGAAGCAGCUCAAUGUGUGGAGCUUAGUGCGUUGAUUCCGCUCAAGUACGGUGCAUCAAAGUGCAUCUUGGUCGGUGACCCGAAGCAGUUGCCUCCAACAGUCCUGUCCCAAUCGGCCGCUAGGUACGGCUACGACCAGAGUCUGUUCGUGCGUAUGCAACAAAACCAUCCCGGUAAGGUGCAUCUACUUGAUUGCCAGUACCGAAUGCACCCUGAAAUCAGUUUAUACCCGAGCAAGGAGUUCUACGAGGGGCUUUUGGCGGACGGCAGCGACAUGGCCAAGCUUCGGCAGCAGCCUUGGCACGACAACCCUCUGCUGGGACCGUAUCGUUUCUUUGACGUCGAGGGUAUCCAGGAGCGUGGCUCUCGGGGUCAGUCGUUGGUCAAUACCAACGAGAUCAAUGUUGCCAUACAAAUAUACACCAAAUUCCAGGCCGACUAUGCUUCGAGCAUCGACAUGAAGGGCAAGAUUGGUAUCAUUACACCUUACAAGGCUCAACUAUACGCAUUGCGCCAAAAGUUCCAAGAGCGUUGGGGUGAAGGCGUGCUGGAAGAUAUCGAAUUCAACACGACGGACGCUUUCCAGGGACGAGAGUGCGAGAUUAUCAUUUUCUCGUGUGUGCGAGCCAGUCCCACUGGAGGUAUCGGUUUCAUGACAGACAUCCGGCGUAUGAACGUCGGUCUCACUCGUGCACGCUCAUCGUUGUGGAUCCUCGGAGACUCGCGUGCCCUCCGGCAAGGCGAGUUCUGGAACAAGCUCAUUGAAGAUUCCAAAGCGCGUGACCGUUACACACAAGGAAGCAUUAUUUCACAGCUGCGCAACUCAAAGGCGAUUAAGGGAAGCUACGUGCCUCCUCCACCGGCUGUGCCAGCUCCAAUUGGCAACGCCCAGCGACGUGGCCCUGAAAGCAGUGAUGUCGAGAUGCUUGAUGUUAAUGAUGUCCGGGCUCGACAGCAAUCUCUACCUCAGCCAGCGCCGCCGCAAAACAACACGACUUCUAAUUCAUCGAGCGCUGCGCCCCCGAUUAAAACAACCGUCCCUGGACAACCACCUGCACGUGCAGUCAGUCAGGCACCACCAAUACGGUCGUCGGCUGAUGUGGGGAGAAAGCGUCCGGCAUCUGAGGAGGCCAGGGACCAGUCCUCAGCCAACAAGCGGAGCGUUUCGAACCACCCACAUCCUCCCACUGGCCCGCGGGCUGGCGUACCUAGACCUCCACCGCGACCUACUGAUCCCUCGGCGAUGCAGGCACUUGGGCUAGCACCGCCUGAUCGCCCUGCUGCUCAGCAGCAGCAGCAGCAGCAGCCUCAGGCUCCUCGGCCGCCCAAGCCUUGGAAGAAAAAGGCACCAGCGAACGUCUUUCUUCAACCUAAACGCUAA